AUGCUUAAUAAUAAGUGUCAGGAAGGGAAAAACACUUAUUCGGUGUAUAACCUGGCCAACGUGGCGUGUAAGUGUCAUGGCGUGUCUGGCUCCUGUAGCCUGAAGACCUGCUGGCUCCAGCUGGCAGACUUCCGCCGCGUCGGAGAGUUCCUGAAGGAGAAGUACGACAGCGCCGCCGCCAUGCGCAUCGGACGCAAAGGGAAACUGGAGCAGGUAGAUAAACGCUUCAACGUCCCGACCCCCGAGGAUCUGGUCUACACCGACCAGAGCCCAGACUACUGUCUGAAGAACGACACCACCGGCUCCAUGGGAACCCUGGGGAGACUCUGUAACAAGACGUCGGAGGGGAUGGAUGGCUGUGAACUCAUGUGCUGCGGGAGAGGAUACGACCAGUUCAAGACCUAUAAGCAUGAGAGAUGUCACUGCAAGUUUCACUGGUGUUGUUAUGUCAAGUGUAAGAGGUGCACUUCACUGGUGGAUCAGUUUGUCUGCAAGUAGCGAAGGAAGG